AUGGCAUCGGCCCCCUCCGAUGAGGAUGCAGAGGAGGGUGCCUUCACCAUCCCAGAGUACUUGUUUGCAGCUCUAGCAGCCGAAGAACGGCUGAAACCGUAUCUUGCCGACGUUGCCAAGGAUGGUAUUCUCGCGGAGCUGCAGCUCCUCAUAGAGGAAGCAGGUGAAGAUGCCUACACACAGUGGUCCGACGGUGCAAACGUCGUGAGUGACGGCACGAUCGCCGGGCUCGUGGAUCUAGUCGUUGCGUUGACUGAGGACUCAAGCGCCAGCACGGCAGAUGUCCUCAAGGAGGCCGUGUCAUUGCUCCGCACGGACCUGCUGGAGGACGAACGCAUUCAGCGGCUUCUUUCAGAAAUUCAGGGUGACCAAGCAGGUGGCCUUACACCAAACUCUGUCGUUGGUGACGGGGUGAGUGGUGACGAGGUCGUCACGGACAGGUUGGACUUGCUUGUGAUGGAUGCAGAGCAGGCCCGAGAACUGCAAGAUGCGUGGGGCAUGUACAUGGAGUCCUUCAGCUCGAGCGACGUUGCCUGCGAUACGCUUUUUGCUGCCUUCUAUGAUGCCGCUCCAUCCCUUCAUUAUUUGUUCAAGACAAACCGCGCGGUUAUGUCGGGCAGGUUCGCUGGAGGCAUUGAAAGCAUUGUGAUGGCCUUGCCGAAUGGCAAGGAAGUCAAAUCCCUGGUAGAACUUCUAGGUUUCAAGCACCUCGAACUUGAGGUGACGUCGCCGCGAAUAGCGGUGGUCAGAGAAGCCCUGUUGGAAGCCUUCACUGCAGAGCUGGGCGAUCGCUUCACGACCCUUGCUUAUGAAGGCUUGCGGAAGACAUUGAAUUAUGCCGGUGGUGGAUGCAUCUAUCUUCGUGAAACAUUCGCGGAAAGGUUGCAAAUUCUGGCCUCGAGCUGGAGAACCGCGAGUGCUAAUGGGCAAGUCCAGGAUGACGAUUGGGAGGAUGAGCAUGUUGCGCAUGCAGACUCUGCGCGGGGAUCUGGUUCCCAGACGUCGUCGCAGAUGGAGUCUCACAUAGUAUCACAGGACAAAGCAUCGCAGUCGAUGGCGGAGGUCCAGCCUCCUGCAGAGGAGGAAGCCAAGCACGAGAUCCCAAACAAGAUCAGCAUGCAGGGUGUCCCGACGAGCUUCGACGACAUGUUCCGCUUCAAUGCUGCUGUCAUGGGCAUGGCUGACAGAGAGUGGAUGUACGAGGUUUUGGACUGCUUUGAUGCCAUCGUACGGAAUGUCGCGAACUCUUUCCGACUACAGGAAGAAUGCGACGUACUUUCCUUGCGGUUUGCCAAGCUGCCAGGUGUCGUCAUCCUUACGGAGUUCAAAGCCGUUAUGCUGGCUUCCUUGCGAUCCCUGGUGCCGCAGGACUGGGACACUAAGCACGAGGAAGCUUGGGACUGGCUUUGGAGCAAUGUGGAGAAGAUUCUGGGCAAAGAGCUGGGCAAAGCAGCCGAGAGGGAACGCAGAGUAUCCCGGUACGUGGGAUCGAUGGAAGAUGAAACGAAGAUCGUACUGAGCCGCAAAAUCUAUGCAAAGUUUUUCGCGGUGGCUCCAGAGGGGCAGAACUACUUCAAGCAAUCCUCCACAAGGCUACAGUUCAUCAUUGACAGAGUCGUUGAGAUGACCCUGUCCAUGUACCAGUUUCCUUGCCGAAUGGUGGAUGAGAUUUCAGCGCUUGGGUUGCGCCACGUCGGCUACGGCAUCCCAACAGAGUUUUUCAACCCCUUUGUACAGUGCUGUGUGGAAGUCAUGCGUGAAGUUACAAACGAUGAGAAGUUAUGCGAUGGCUUUGGCUGGUCACUGGGGCUGAUCUCUCGGGUCCUGGUGCGAACCAUCAACGAGGGCUCCACGUUGGUGAUGAAGGCCAUCAACCUCAACUCGGCCAACAUGGUCAAGAAGGCGUUGACGCCUGUUCCCAGAGCUAAGCGUGCUCUGUGCAUGCUGAAGAUUACGGUCGGCACCCAGUCAAUUUCACCUUUGCUGUGGGCGAUAUCUAGCGGCAAUCUGGAGGCGGCACAUGAGAUUUUGGAAGACUUGCUAACGAUCCGUGCAGAUCGCGACCGAUACUAUUUCGGUAACGAUGACCUGUUCUCCCGGCAUCCAGAUAUCGUACAGGUUCUCACCAAAGAGGCCCCGACUUUGCUCGAGGUCUUGCUGGACAAACUGGUCUGGCGAUCGCGAGUGGUGGUUGGAGGGCAAAGACGCGUGAACUUUUUCAUCAAGCACUUGCUGGUAGAUGCAGACGGACAGUUUGCCGGUGCGACCCAAUGGAUCUGCCAGAUGCAAGAUCCGGUGAUUGUAGUGCACUGUGUUCUCGAGACAUUGACGGAUCUGGUGUGGACCAAUGUGAUAUAUGGUCCAUUCCUGCGGAGCAAAGUCUGGCUUUUGUUUACACUGCUGGUGUUCCUCAUGAGCCAGUCGAUCUUAAAGACCUGGCACGCAGAGGAUGAGGCAACACAGGGCACACUGCGGAUUGCGACUGCGGUCUGUCGAGCUUUCGUUUAUUUUGCCAGCAUGCUGGAGCUAAUCUACUCCCGCACGAGAAUAACCUGCAAAGCGAUCAGAGAUGGGGAGAUCGUCCGCCGAUGCCAGAUCCCUGUGCCCUCGAAGGUGAUCACAGAUUGGCAAGAAUCUAUGAGCUGGCUUCUGACCUUGAUUCUUAUUGCCAUGUUCAUGGUUGAGCCGGUACUGUAUUGCCUCCAGGCUGACAGUGAUUUUCCGGACGCGGGCCUCUUCACGCAGAACUGCAGCCACACAAGCUCUGUGUUUGGCAGUGCUCCCUCUUGGCUCAAGGCCGCGAGAAGUGAGGGUGUCAAUGGAGCGGAAGACGACGUUUACUUCGUGUCGGUAUCCUACAGAGGAACCGCUUAUGAUGUGCAAGGUGACGACCAGCUUGCUUCUAUAUUCGACUUUGUCCAGGAGGCAUUGGACUUUCCCAGGGAGAAUUGCAAGUUGAUCUUUCGCGGCAAAGUCCUGAGACCGGACAAUGACAGCCAAACAGUGGCGGAAGCUGGUCUUGCGGCGGGAUGCAAGGUUAUGUUAGUGGCGAGCUCUGCCAAGGAUGUCUCGUUCGUGCAGUCUUCCCGGGCUGACCCUUUGGUGAAAGGCUUUGCCGAGGAGGAAAGAGACGAGCAAAGCCGACGCAAGCGGGCGCGAGCUGCUCUCUCUGCCUGGGGCACGAAGCAAGACUCGGAGUUUAAUUUUGGCUCGAUCAAGGCUGAGUUCAAGUACUCGGAGCCCCCUCCGUAUGAGGCGGAGCGCUUGCUGCAAAAAUUGUCAACCGAUCCUGGCAUCAUCGAGAUCAUGAAGACCAGAAAGUUCAAGGUUGGUGUUCUGACAGAGAUGAGCCCAGUAGAAGCACAAGAUCGUAUGGCCAAGCGCGGCACACCGAACAUGGAUUUGCUCGGCUACAACCAAAACUACGGCGGCAUGAUUGUACUUCGGCUGCGGACGGACACCCUGAAGGGUUUCCGGCCCUACCAUGACCUCAUCAAUACAUUAAUCCAUGAGCUGACGCACAAUGUUUGGGGUCCACAUGACAACAAUUUCUGGAAACUCUUCGGCGAACUAAAGGCCCAGUACAUGCGCUUCCAUCGCUUUUGGAGUCAUGGCGGGAGGGCGGCUGAUAGCAAUGCUGCUGGCCAGUUCCAGGGUUUCGAGGGUGAUGAGAAUGCCGGGAAGGAGGGAAGCUUCGGACGUGUACUUGGAAGCAGCCUCGAAGCGGCUCAGACAGAUUCGGACCGAAGGUCCAGAGCAUUGGCUGCGGCCGAAGCUCGCAUGGGCCAGACGGAACCAGAGCUUCCCGGGGAGGUGCAAGACCCCGAAGAGACUGUGAAGCCCUGGGUGCCGAACUUCCUCGCAUCGAACGGGCAAUGGAUGUUUGCCUGUCCCUGUGGGGAAACCCACACUGUGUCCACAGAGGAGAAGGAGGCGCUCAUCAGUGCAUUGGUGGAGGGCGCAACCACAUGUCUUUUUGGAGCUGCCUCCUCCUCGUCAAGGCCUGUUGAGAUGGAGCAGGAUCCUCAGCACGACGCUGGCAACAUGGAGCAGUUUGGACCAACUGCCGGCGAGCUUCCAACAACGGCCGCAGACAGGGAGAUAGAGCCCGAAGCAGCACAGCAGAGAGAGGAGAUCGAAUCCUCGACAGCGAAUCCGCCUCCGCAGGCAGUUUCUGAAAAGGCCCCGGCUCAGACCCGAGCCGCCCCAGCCGAGGAUCUUCCUCCACUGGACCUCUCCGAGUUGGAGCUGCAGGGCUUGGACGGCGCUGCUGUGUGGCUGAAGCGCUUCUCCGAGAAGCUGUCUGGACUAGCUGCCGAACAAGCGACGAAGGCAGCUGCUGUGGAGCUUCUCCUGAAACUGGUGAGAAAUGUCGUGAAAAGCCCAGAUGAGCAGAAGUUCCGAAGAAUCCGGACUGAGAAUCCAGCAAUCCGUUCCAGGCUGAUAACUGCUGGUGGGGAGAGAGCCGAAGCUUUGAUGACAAUGCUUGGCUUUGAGCCGAUGACGGAGUCAAACGGCGAGCGAGUGUUCGUCCUGCGGGAUGCGUCGUUUGACUAUGCCCGUCUUCGAAUGGGUCAAGAGCUUCUAGAGGCCGAGUUGGACAAGAUGACCGUGACGACGGCGUAG